AUGGAACCGGAGCCGUCCCUUGCCGCUCUCCUCGAGGCUAUCACAGCCCUCACAGCCACAGUCGGGUCCUUGCAGGACCAAAUCAAAUCACAAGGCGAGCAAAUCACACAGCUCACCGCCAUAUGCAAGGAAACCAAUGACCUUGUUGGUGACAAGGACCAGGGCGGAGCCCAAACCAAGCCUGGCCCAUUGACUGGGCCUGUCACCCCUCCUACCCACUCAGGAGGGGAAACCCACACUCCAGGCACGGUUAGGCCUGGGCUCAAGGCUCCCUUCCGCCCUACAAGGGGUACAGGGUAUGACUCCAAGGAGGAAGAAGAGCCAAGGCGACCCAAAAAAGAGUCUCAGGGAAUGCCUAGGCGGUCACUCAGCUCCCUCACCCCCUUUGACGCAGGGUCCAGCGUGAAAAGGCCCAAGAUGGACCUCCCCGACCCCUAUAAAGGAGACACCAGGGGACGCAAGGCCACACAAUGGCUGGACCGCAUGCUGCUCUGGGUGGCCCUACACAGGGACCAAUUCAAUGAGGAGGAGCAAAUGGUUGUGUGGAUACUUUACCACAUGACGGACAAGGCAGCCGACUGGGCACUCCCUCUCAUUGGGACUAUUAUCAAGGGCAAGGGAAAUCCCCCCACUACCAUCCCGGCCUUAACAGCCAAAUUCAAAGAAGCCUUUGCCAAUCCAGAUGCAAAGAGGGCGGCCGCCAGGAAGAUUGCCGCAUUGACUCAGACCACCACCACGUCUGAGUACGUCACAGAAUUCCGCAAUCUCAUGGCGGAACUUGACUGGAACACUGAGGCGUACAUUGCCCAGUUUACGCGCGGUCUUCACUGGAAGGUGAAAGAACUCCUGUCCACCAAGGACAACAUUCCCAACAAUGACCUAGAGGCCAUAUUCGCCGCCUUGGUCAAAAUUGACAACACUCGUUGGGAGAACGAGGAAAACCGCCCUAAGAAGGCUCCCACCAAGGCUCCGGUCGCCACAACCACCUCUACCUCCACCACUACCACCAGGGUCCGUUUAUCAGAGGACCCCAAUUACGUCACUCCGGAAGAACGAGACCGUCGCCGCGCGUCUGGCCUCUGCGUCAAGUGCGGCCAAAAGGGGCAUGGCAUCAAACAAUGCCCAAAUGGAUGGAAGGCCACCAUCAAGGAGGCUGCCAAAAUUGGUCAGGAAGAGUCGGAAAAAGAGUAA